AUGAGCAGCCAAUACUGGAACGAUGAAGGCUCUGACUUACCAGACGUGCGCGCUGACAGGCCGCUGAAGGGUAUACAGAAUGUGCCAUCACCCUCAGGAAAAUCCGGGACGCGUCAGCCAGCGGUCGUAGAUAUCUCGUUUGAAACGGUUCAAGACGAGAAAACACAAGACGACAAAAUGAAGGACACGAAGCUUGCUAUCUGCAGCGCCAAGCGCCUCGCUUCCACCAGUGUCUUUGCCAACGUUCGUGAGCUCAUUGCUCGACGCCGCCUCGCGCAGAUCACCGAGCAUGCCAAUGUCUUCGCCGGGUGCAUAAUCGCUAGCCCGGAAUUGGUUAUACAGAUUCUACCAGGUCCCUUGGGAUCUAUCCCACCCCGGAAUGGCCUUGAAAAGUUCGAGCUGGCCUUGGCCCAGCAGCAGAUCCAGCCUCGUGUCUGCCGAUGGGACAUUGGAGCAGCUCCAGCCUCUCAACAUGCGAGCAGAUGA